GUAAUUCUAAACUCAACUUAUUUUUAUUCCAACGCAUGCUACAGAUUUAAAAUUUAAAAAAUUAUUACAAUUUUUUUGGGAGGGACUUUGUGGACGGUUUUUUUGGACAGAAUGUUGAUGGACUUUAGGUUGGUCGAUUUUGGCGGGUUUUGAUUUUGUUGGAUUAGUUGCUGGAGAGGCCCGUAGACAUUCAAGAAAGCCUGGAUUAUCCAGGAAUCCGUGUCUGCGGUCAGUGGAUUUUAAGAUUUGUCUAAAGGAUGCCAUUUUGAGAGUCCAUUGACAAUAAGAAUAUCCUGCACCGCUGACACACUGGCAAUUUAAGGGCGCAAAACUGCAAUAUCGUCGAAAAGAUUAACGGUACUAUGUUAAACACCUGAUUCCCUGAUAAAUACAUCAAGAUGAACAACACAACAGAUUUAAUGGACAACCCGGGGUCCACCUUCGAGGGGUACCGCAGUAUAAUCCAAAUAAUCCUGUUCUGCGUAGUAUGUUUCGUGGGCCUUGUUGGCAACACGCUCGUCAUCUACGUCGUCAUCAGAUUUUCCAAAAUGCAAACGGUCACCAACAUGUACAUAGUCAACCUGGCGAUCGCGGACGAAUGCUUCCUCAUCGGCCUCCCAUUCCUAAUAGCGACCAUGAUCAGAGGCAGUUGGAUUUUCGGCCACAUCGCUUGCAAAGCCUACAUGAUCAGCACCAGCAUUAACCAGUUCACUAGCAGCAUUUUCCUCUGCGUCAUGUCGGCGGACCGUUACAUCGCAGUGUGCCACCCAAUUUCGUCUCCGAGGUGGCGCACACCCUUUAUAUCGAAAGUAGUCUCGUUGCUAGCAUGGACGACGAGCAUCCUCUUGAUAAUCCCCAUUAUAAACCACGCGCGGGAAGUUGGAGGUGCCCCCGAUCACAUGUCUUGCGUCAUCAUGUUCAGAGAUCUCGACGAUGGCCAAGCCAACAUGUCCAACAUAACAAACAGCUCCAUGUUGGACACUGAUUCGCAGGGCAUGCCUAUUGAAACAAUCUACGCCAGGUACAUCUUCACCUUCAGCUUCUGCAUUCCUUUGUGCUUGAUUCUGCUGUUCUACUUUAGAGUGGUGAUGAAACUAAGGAAUGUAGGGCCGAAGAAUAAGUCCAAAGAAAAGAAAAGAUCUCACAGGAAGGUCACAAAUUUAGUACUGACCGUUAUCACAGUUUAUGUGAUUUGUUGGCUGCCUUAUUGGGUUAUGCAAUUGGCCAAUAAACCAGUUGAAGACGCAAGUGAACAAAAGCUUAGAAUCGCUAUGCAUUUAUUGACAUCGUGUCUGAGCUACAGCAAUUCAGCCAUCAAUCCGAUCUUGUACGCGUUUCUGAGCGAUAACUUCAAAAAGAGCUUUUUGAAAGCUUGUACUUGCGCCGCGAUGGAUGUGAACGCCCAACUUCAUUUAGAGAACAGCGUGUUCCCGAGAAAAAACAAACAGAAUUCGGAGAGGGCCAGACCAACAAGAGCCACAUCAAUUUGUCCCAAUGAGGAGGAAUGUGAUGAGGGACCAUUAGUUAACAGAACAGUGGAUACGACUUCUAUAAGCUUAACCAGUAGAACGACCACCACCACUUCCGUCACCGGAGCCGGAUUAAGGAAUGCGGUUAAAAAUGGAGUGAUAUCGCAACCGACCAGUUUAUAAGAACAUUUUGCAAUAACGGGGCAAGGAAUUUUAGUCGCCAAAUUUGUUGUUCAGUGUUUUAUAGGGUUGACAAUUUUUUUUUAAUCUGGCAAAUUCUUGUACCAAUUUACAAUUGUAUUACAUAAUAUCUAUGUUACGUACGCUACUGUUUGCCUCUUUUGACCUUUGAACAAUUUGUUAUCGCUAUAAAUCUUCUUUAUGAUAUAUUUUAUAUUAGAGUGUUUAUAGUCUUCAAGAAGCAAACAGUAAUAAUUUUUACUCAUUUGGAUCUCGUCUUGAUGGAUCAUAGGAAUUUUAAAGCAGGGUAAGUUUUUUUAUAGAAAAUAAAUGUCUUCAUCUAAAUAAUUACUGUGUAUAGUAUACGUUAACAAAUAUACUUAGAUUAAGAUUGUAAAUAAAUAUCUAACUAUUCAAAUAUAUAUAUAUAUACAAUGUUUCUCAAAAGAUUUCAUCCCUUGAGCCCAUAAAAUCUUUUGAAAUCGUGUAUUUGUUACUUGUAAGGAUUGUUGUUUUAUACCUUCUAAAUUAUUAUAUUGUAUAGGCAUAUCAUAUGUGUAAAUUUGUAUAGAACAACAAUUCAACCAUUUGCUUAAAUAUUAAUAUAACUAUUACGUGUAAAUAGAUUUUAUAUAUUAGCUUAAAUCUGUGAUAUUAACAUAUGUAUUAAAAAAUGGACAUGUAUAUAGUCACUUUUAACAUCUAUGUACCCCUUCUAUGCACCAAAUGUUGUACUAUCCAGCAUUCAAAAAGUUCCCAAACUAAGUGUGUUACAUUUAAAGACCUGUAUAAAAUAUUUUGUCAUCUAGAUGUGUAGUUGAUCUGUUUUGCCCGGUACAUUUUCAACAGUUACCAAAUACGUGUAUGCUAUGAGGUCUAAGUUCGACCAUUAUUACAAAAUACCUUAAAAUUACUAAGCUAUAUACUAAUAAAUGUUCAUGUAAAAACAUAUUAUGUAUAAAUAAAUGAUUCAAGCAUACAAAA